UGCAGAAAAAACGUAAACAGAAUCCAAAAUAUUUGCGAUCUCCUGUUAUUAACAAUAAAAUCCGCAUAGUAUUAACAACGGCAUGACAAAUAAUCCGAAAGGUCUCAGUGAAUACUUUGCCAACGAUCCACCAAGUUUUUUUGAUGAGUUGACAAACCCAAAGCCCAGGGAACCGCAGUCCGAGCCAGAAGUGAAUAAGCCCAAAACCAACAUGUUGGCCAGUACAUUUACAGGCAGAUAUCAGCCGCCCGAGUAUGUGGAAACAGCUGAUGAUGCCGAAGAGCCCAUAAAAGUAAAUGAUGAAGUUCGAAACUUGUGGCCAUCGCCUGCUGAGCAGGGGAAAACAGGCACAGGAGCGCCCACACAUCUGGUAAUGCCCGGAUUACAUAUAGCUAAUGAUUUGCCGGAUCCAAUCGGUGUGGCUGUGAAUCAACAUUUAGGUGAAGCUGAGCUACUUCAACGCAAAAUUCUGGGAGUGGAGGAUGUGACGCAGGACGAGCGCGGCAUACGUCAACUAAUUAAUGCUGGCUGUUUUAGAGCUGCUGUUAAUCUUACUGGCAGAUUGUUGACAAUCUAUGGGCAGGGCUAUGGACGCAGUGGACAACCGGCGAAGCACUCGCCACACUCACUGCAAUUGUGGUUUACUCGCCUAGCCUUGCUGGCCAAGCUGGGCGAGUAUGAGCUGUUACAGGCGGAGGCCGAACCAUUUGGCCAACUGAACGCUUUGGAUGUUUUCUAUGAGUUCUACCCUGAGAUGUAUUCUGGCAAACAAGGAUCCAUUGCAAGUUUUUCAUUUCGCCUGCUUCUGUCAGAAAUGCCCAUUUAUCUGGGGAAACCACAUCUGGCACUGGAUAACCUUUCCAAGCUACAUGUCAUUAGCAGUGAAAUAAAGCAGCACUACGAAAAGUCAAGGAAUGGAAAUGCCUCUGAAUUUUGGCAACGACGUUCCGAGCGUGUCCUACACUCCAUCAUAAACUGUGCCUUAAUGAUGAAGAAAUACAGCAUGAUUGAUGAUAUAAUGGGCGGUAUGUUGCUUACACGUUCUAGUCUUACCAAAGAAGAACAGCGCUCUCUUUAUUCCGCUUGGGGUCGCAUUUAUCUACAAAUUGGAGACAUAUUUGGUGCUGAACAAAAGUUUGCAGUCGCCCGACGUUUGCGAGAAAUUAAUACGGCACCCGACCUGCGUGAUCUGGUGGAUAAGGGUCUAAUAGCUGUCGCCAAGAAUGACUUUCCCGAGGCUUAUUUGAUAUUUCAAAAGGCGCUGCACUUGGACUCUGGCAAUACUAUGAUACUAAAUAAUAUGGGUGUAUGUCUGCUAUAUGCUGGAAAGCUGAAGGAUGCUAUUAAUCUAUACGAGCGAGCCAUAAAUCUAAACCCUCAAAAGUCAUUAAACGAGAGCCUGCUUGUGAAUCUGUCCACAUUAUAUGAGCUGGAAUCCAACAACUCCAAGGUGAAGAAAUUGAAUUUGCUGCGCUUGAUAAACAGAUUUAAGCCGGAUCUCAAUAUAAGCGUUGAAAUUUGUCUUAAACUGCAGGCAACAAACUAGUUAGAAAAAUAUAAGCACUACUACUAGCUAAACAUUCCACUGUCGGAAAAAUUCAAUGUACAAUAAAUAAAUCUACAUGU